AUGGAGCAUCUGAGCCACCCCGGUGAGAAGAUCUCCUACAACGAUAAGGGUCUUGUCGACGCGGACCCGUUGCGAGAGCCCAGCAAGGCGGGCCUGGAGAGAGUGGCGUACUGGCAGCCAGAGCGCACACACACUGUGGGCAAGGAUAAGAAUGGGGUGAUCCAUGACAGAGUCUCUAUUUGGUGUCGACGUGACUAG